AUGGACAAAACAGUUGUAAAGGGUUUAAACGAUAAAAUAUAUGAGAAACGAAAAGCUGCUGCUCAGCAAUUGGAGAAGAUUGUGAGAGAUUGUAUUGCAAAUGAAAACUAUGAGCUAAUUGAUAGAAUCAUUGAGGAACUUUAUCGAGAUUAUGCGUAUGCAAUGCACCAACCGAUGGCAAGAAAUGCUGGACUUAUGGGAUUAGCGGCCGCAGCGAUUGCUUUAGGAAACAAGUAUGUGGCUACUUACUUGAAUAAGAUUUUACCUCCUGUGCUAGCUUGUUUUGGCGAUCAAAAUGAUGAGGUUAGGUUUUACGCUUGUGAGAGUUUAUACAAUAUUGCGAAAAUAGCCAAGGGAGACAUCUUAGUUUACUUCAAUGAGGUAUUUGAUGUCCUGUGCAAAAUUAGUGCUGAUACUGAUGUUUCUGUUAAGGGAGCAGCAGAGCUGCUCGACCGAUUAAUAAAAGAUAUUGUUUCAGAGUGUGCUUCGACGCACAUUGCAGCAGUAAACAGCUACCCUAAAGAGACUCCUGCGGCCACCACAACUGAUCCACAGACAGGGGAUGUUAUUCAAUUGGACCAAAAUAUCUACGACCAGGAAGUUUCAGAGCUGGCGUUUUCGUUACCGGCCUUUAUCCCCCUUUUAUCGGAAAGAAUACAUGCUAUCAACAGCGAUACCAGAAUGUUUAUGGUAUCAUGGUUGCAAGUACUUGAAAGCAUUCCAGGAUUGGAAUUGGUGAGUUACUUGCCGACAUUUUUGCCUGGCUUGUUUAAUUUUUUAACAGAUCCGCAGAGCGACGUUAAAGUUGUAACACUUGCAUUACUGAAAUCAUUGCUACUUGAAGUGGAACAUGUCUCACAACUACAAAACUCUCUAAAUUCCAAGGAAGUACAGCAUCAUUAUUGUUCAGAUGAGACUCCUAGCAAGAAGCCAGAUGGUGUCCUAAUAACUGAGCGCAAGAAAUCGCUAAUGAACAAGCUAGAGCAGCUCUCCGUCACCGAGAAUCUACUAGACACUGCUAAAGAAUACGAUGAAAAUUACUCUCCAAACAAUAUUCCUGCGUCAAGAACUAGUAGCACGGAGCGUAUUAGAACACAACGUUCUCGUAACGGUGAGAUAUAUCAUCCAGGCCAAGACGUGAAUUUAGAUUUUCCAAGGAUUAUCGAGAUAUUAGUGAAUAACCUGGGUAGUUCUGAACCAGAAAUACAGUCAGUUGCUAUGAAUUGGAUGCAGACUAUCAUACGUAUUUCGCCGAAUUAUAUUCUCCCUUAUUUGUCCAAGAUUUUAGCUGUGCUAUUGAAAAUAUUAAGCCAUGUGGACGUUAGGAUUGGGGAGAUGGCUAGCCAAGUGAAUGCAAUGCUUAUAGAUUUGACAACGAAAUUUGAUACAACUGAAAAAAUCAACUACGAUUCCAUUGUCAAUACUCUUACGUUGCCCUUUUUGGAUAGCGAUGUUACUACCAAGAUUGCAUGCUUAGAUUGGUUAAUAUUAAUUUACCACAAAGAUCCGCAACAAUUGGUUGCUCACGAUGAUAGUACGCAUCUGACACUAUUGAAGUCUCUCUCCGACAAGGAUCCAAGGUUAAUCACGAAGGCUUUGGAAUUAUUAUGCAACUUGUGCAAUGACUCAAAUGAGGAAUAUGUUCGGAAGUUUGUAACGAACCUGUUGAAGUUAUUCAAGGAUAAUGAUAAGUUAUUAAAAACUCGGGCAAACAGUAUUAUCAGACAAUUAAGUGCUAAGUUAUCUGCUGAGAGAAUAUAUCGUACUAUUUCGCCAAUAAUUGAAGACGAUGCUGAUAUCCAUUUUAACAGAAUGAUAAUUCAUAGUCUCACAACGAACUUGAUCACAACUCCUGAGUUACGCCCACUUCGUAACAAAUUAAGGAGUGGACAAGAUUGGCCUUUGUUUGUCACAUUAUUCAAGUCCUGGUCACGUAAUCCAGUGUCCCUUUUAUCUAUGUGUUUGGUGUCAGAAAUGUAUGAACUCGCUUAUUCUGUGCUUAAAUUAUAUGUUGAUUAUGAUUUAACAGCAAAUGACCUUCUUCAGAUUGACCUUUUAGUUCAGUUCUUGGAGUCGCCUGUAUUUACAAGACUAAGAAUGCAAUUAUUGGAGCAGGAGAAAUACCCGUAUUUGCACAAAUGUUUAUAUGGUCUAUUAAUGGUUUUACCACAGUCGAAGGCCUUUGAAAUAUUGAAUGCUAGAUUAAACAGCGUUAGCAGACUUCCCACUCAACCAAAAGCUGAUGGUGGGAAACUAGACGAAACAUUGGCCGUUAGUUCUCAGCGCGAUUAUCGGUCGUUAUUGGAACACUUUAAAAAAGUGUGUGAUAAUGAGCGUAACUCUGCAUCCCUAUGUUUAGAAGAAAAUGGUAUCGAUCUUUGCGAUAUCCUUGGAUCCGGCUCAAAAAUUAAUGGUAACUCUGCGAAUAGGAGUUCUGCGAGAACUAGAGGCAAUGUUGAUAUGGAAAUCAGUGACAAUGACACUGUCAUAUUGUCCGGACUAUAG